AUGUUCGUCCAGCGCUCUGCUAUUGCCGCAGCAAGGCGUGUGGCCCCCCGCGCCAUCGCGACUCGCCGCACCUUCACCACCACUUUUGCCCGUUGGGAGUCCACCGAGAGCAAGGAGGCCAAGGAGAGCAACAUUGCGCAGAAGGAGACUGGUCACUCGGCCGACUCGCCCAGUGUUCUUGCCGGCUUCAAGAAGCUCGACCAGAUCAAGUCCGAGGCGGACCUUUUGCCCCCUGGUGCGCAGCCCGGUACCGUUCCCACCGAUGCCGAGCAGGCGACCGGUCUUGAGCGUCUCGAAAUUCUCGGAAAGAUGCAGGGUAUCGAUAUCUUCGACAUGAGGCCAUUGGACGCCAGCCGUCUCGGCACGAUGGAGGAGCCCAUCACCGUCAACUCAGCUGGUAACGAGCAGUACGUCGGUUGCACCGGCUACCCCGCCGACUCGCACAACGUUCUCUGGAUCACCCUCACCCGUGAAGAGCCCAAGUCCCGCUGCAUGGAGUGCGGAUCCGUUUACGAGAUGAAGUACGUUGGCCCGGCAGACGACCACUCGCAUGACCACCACCACGUCGAGAACCAAUACCCUAGGCCCAAGAACAUGGCCGACUUCCUCAAGCCCGAGUACAUGGAGUCGCAAGCCACCCGAGGCGCACCACCUUUGCUGGGUUUACUUGCAUCGGUCUUCUCCAUCGGCAUUUCCCGUCUCGUUCCUGUUUCGACGUGCAUUACGAAGAGUAUGGCCACGAAGCGACCCCCGGAUGAUGACCCCAAUCUCGUCUCCAAGAUCCAGCGCAUCGAGCAUCAAGACCCGCUGAGCCCACAACACCGCCCGCCUAACAGCAAUGACUUUUCCGGCUCGGUCAAGAAGAAGCUCGCCGACUCCAAGCGGACGGGUCAGGCGUGCGAUCGGUGCAAGGUCCGCAAGAUUCGCUGCGACGGCCGACCCGAAGGAUGCACACCAUGCGAGCAGAACAGGACGCCAUGUCGCACCACCGACCGAAUCACCGGGCGCGCCACAGUACGCGGCCAUGCGGAGGCCAUGGAGUCGGAGAACUCGUACCUGCGCGCCCAGAUCGCUGACCUCCAGGCCCAGCUAAAGGAGCAUCACAUCGAACCCCGCGCACCGCCUGCCUACAACGCCUUGCAACCACCCAGCCACCCGUGGUCUUCAUCCUCCAACGACGGCCAGGCUUGGAACGAUGGACCGCGAAGGACAAGCACUUCUCCACUACCCGGCUAUGUGCCCGCUGCCACUCCAGUCAAGAUCGAGUCGCUGCCUCAAUUCAAGCACGGCUCCAUUGGCGACAACUACCUCGGCGUUGCGCCUGGAGAUUCACUUUUGAGCCACAUCAAGGGUACCUCGCUGUCAAUCUUUGGAACCGAAAUCGACAUCACAGACUUCAUGGCGGGCGAGGAAGAGUAUGAGAGUUCACCCAUGUCCUACACCACCUUGGUCAAUGUCACCAUUGGCGGACAACAUGUCGAGGAGCCGCCGUUACCGGCAUAUGCUGAAUUGCAAGAGUAUGCCAUUUGGUAUCUGCGGUCGCUGAACCCCUACACCAUGUUUGUGCACAAGCCUGCCUUUAUGGAAUUGAUCUGGAGAUUUGGCAACGACCCCAACUUUGUCCCUUCUGCGCCCCAAAUCGUUGCAGUACAUUUGAUGCUCGCGACCAUCACUUACCAGAUUGCGACCCGCAACAACCAACAGAGCGGUAGCACUAUGCUGGAUGACUCGCAUGCUCAUUAUUUGUAUGCGUCAACUUUCUACAAAGAGCUCAUUCUUGGCAAUCACGGCUGGCAAGAUGUCCAAGCCCUGGCUAUGAUAUGCCACCAUCUCCGAAACUUCCCCAAGCCCGGCGCGGCGUGGAUCAUGACUUCAACCGUCUAUCUGCUUGCAGUGCAACUCGGCCUACACAGAUCUGUCAAGGUCUGGGCAGACGGCGCAGGAGAAAUGACCAAAUUGGACAUUGAGAUGAGAAAACGAGUCUACUGGACCUUACAUGCACUACUCGUCAACUUGAGCGGGAAACUCGGACGGCCAAUACCAAUUAGCAGGGAUGACAUCGACGUCGAAUUCCCAGAACCUAUGAACGACUGCCUUCCAGGCGAGGAAGCCAAGCUGGACUCUUUCCAUCAAUGCUCGUUCCAAGUGGGCAUACAAAUUGCUAAAUACACCGUCUGGGAAAUGGAGCUCUACAAGACCAUAUAUGCUGUGCGACAUUCACCAAAAGCAUACGUGGAGAGCUUAAGACGUCUCGAGGCUGGCAUACAGCAGUGGAAGGAGGACCUUCCCUACGAGCUGCGCGAUCCAUCGCAUGCGUCGGAAGACGACCACAUAUUCGCACUCUAUCUGGAGUAUUGGUACCAGGCGUUCAACUUGCUCUUACAUCAUCCUGGCGUUUGUAGGUCUAUUGACGCGGCCAUCCUCAGCUCCAACUUAGACAAAUGCUUAACUGCAUCACAGAAGAUGUUGCACAACUGUACAGAGAUGAUGAACAAGAAGAGCUUGGACAUUCCCUGGAUCAACACGGUCGUCUACAUUGCUGCAGCAUUCACAACCCUCUUCAUCUCGUCUAUGAGGCAAGAGCAAAUGUCGCCUGUAGAUAUGACAAAACUUAAAGGCGACAUGGCGGCCUGGGUCAAUGUGCUUGGCGAGUGUGACCAUUUCCUAGGAUCUGGAAAUAAGCUCAAACUUGCUAUCGCAAGCAUUGUCGAUCAGUCGCUUGGUAACAUCAACGACAGUAUUGUCAAACGCACUGCAACCGAGUCCCUCGCUCGUGUGGCAAUGCAGGCUCCUCCUCGCUCGACAUCCACUGCCCCCACCUAUGACAACAGCGGAUAUCGGGAACAAUACACGACAUCAUCCAGUGGGCCUACGGACCCUACCCUCACCUCACAGUCGGCAACAUACAACAGUCUUUCGGGAAACACAACACACUCAUACAACCUCGGAACCCAAAUGUCCAUGCCUCAACCGACGAGCAGGGCAUACGAACAACAAGCAUACAGCAGUGGAGAUGAGACCAGCAUGCAUGCGAGCCAUGCAGCAGCGUUGGCAGCAGCAGCCUCUGGUAGCAUUUCACAGGCUUCCACCGACGCGUACGCCUACAGCAACUCUCAAAUUGCCAACAACGGUCACCAGCCCACGUACACGGCCAAUGGGUACGCUGCUCAGGACUGGAGUCAAUGGACACGAGCAUACAUGCAGCCACAACAGGGCCAGCCCGGCGAGUACCUAAAUACAGCGACUACUCUCAUGACCCUGGGUCGAGAUGCUGGAUCCCAAGGAACCGGAAGUGAUGGCCAAGGUCUUGUCCAAACAUCUGGAGUCCAGGGACACGCUCCGAGUCAUUGGCCAGAGAUCUCGUUCCCGAAUGCCGCUACUGGCAGCAGCCACAUGGCCCAACAAUGA